AUGGCCGCCUCCCCCCUCCCCCCAGGCGCGCUGACCCUGAAGCAGUUCCUGAGAAGGCAGCAAGUCCUCCUCCUCUACAGAAGGAUUUUGCAAGCAAUUCGGCAAGUUCCAGAUGCAUCUGACCGCAAAUACCUGAAGAACUGGGCAAGAGAAGAAUUCAAAAGAAAUAAGAGCGCCACAGAAGAGGAUACAAUCCGGAUGAUGAUUACCCAAGGCAAUAUCCAGCUAAAGGAGUUAGAAAAAGCACUUGCAUUAGCAAGAUCUUAACUCUAGCAUUCUUCUCAAGUCAUGUUUUGUUGAGGUUAGGCUUAAUGGACAGCUCAAAGCCAAGUCGAACUGUUAGUGUGUACAGUACUCGGGCACAACUUCAGACCAAAGUGGAGCAUAAGUGUCAGAGCAAAGAAAAGCAGGAUGAAACCGCUCCUUUAGAACUGAGAAAUGUAAAUGAAUUCUGAAAAUGUGUCAGCAGUUUUCAUAAGAAACAACAACUAGGAGCCGGGGAGAUGGCUCAGUGGAAUAAGUACUUCCCUGGCAAGCGCCAGGGCCUGAGUUCAAUCC